CGCGGUUAAAGCCCGGCGCGGGCGCGCGCUCUCAGAGGGAGCCGGGUCGCCGCUGCCGCUGUCUCCGAGCCGUGCCAGCUCUGCCCUCUCCUGCCCGGGCCCCGACCCCGACCCCGACCCAGGGCCAGCCUGCGGAUGGGGACCCAGCAGUCCAAGCGCGGCACGCUCCGGGCCGGGCCUCCCAGCGCCCCUGCGCGCCCCCGGGCCCCCGCGCGCGCCGCGUGCCGUCGGAGAGAGAGUCCCGAAGGCGACAGCUUCGCGGUGACCGCGUUCACCAGCGGCCGCAGGGGCGCGGAGGAGGCGGAGCGGCGGGGCGGCGCGGAGCACCGCACGCGGGACAAGCAGGAGCUGCCCAGUGAGGACCCUAAGGAGGGGCUUUUCCAGGAAGACCAGGGCCCCUUAGAAGUGGCUCUGCCCCUUGAGAAAGCUGAGGGCCACGAGGGCCCAGGACAGCUCCUUGGUGUGGAUGAUGGUGAGAGGGCAGCAGCCCUCGAGGGCCCGCGAGGAGGGGCCAGGAGGCGCCUGAACAUUGAUGCCCUCCAGUGCGACGUCUCUGUGGAGGAGGACAACCGCCAGGAAUGGACAUUCACACUCUACGACUUCGACAACAGUGGGAUGGUCACCAGGGAGGACAUGUCCAGCCUAAUGCACACCAUCUAUGAGGUUGUCGAUGCCUCCAUGAACCACUCUUCAGGCAGCAGCAAGACCCUUCGUGUAAAGCUGACCGUCAGCCCCGAGCCUGCAGGCACAAGGAAGGAGUGUCCUGCCAGCCAGGACCGGGAGCCCACUCGCAGCAGGACAGAGAGUGAACUGGCUGAGGAUCCCCGGGGGCCUGACAAGAGGCUGACUGCCCACAUCAGGAGGCCCAGUGGUGACCCCCGCCUCUGCCCCGUACGGGGUCCCUACUGCGUGGAUGAGAACACUGAGCGCAGGAACCACUACCUGGACCUCGCCGGAAUCGAAAACUACACCUCCAAGUUCGGUCCUGAGUCCUGCACAGGCCAGCCAUGCCAGGACAGAUGUCUGCUCACAAGACCCAGACCGGGGUGGCAGAGCCAGGCAGGGUCGCCCCCCGAGCAGGCCCGGCAGGAGCACCCCAGCAGGGCUGCGCAUCCCCAGAGCCGUUCCCGCUCCCAGGAGCCCGACUCCCAUGCUGUGCACCACCGCCGCUCCCAGGUGCUGGCUGACCACGCCGCGCUGGCCCCCGAGCCUGCUGCCCGAGGCCUGGAUGCACAGUCCCGGCUGAAGGGGCCAGAGAAGCCAUUCCUCAGGUCCCCCAAGGGCCCUGGGAAGCCGCCUGGGGCACCCGGCAGUGGGAAGCCUGGCAGAGCCCCCAGCUACUACCUGCCGGCCACCACACCACCACAGGCCACCCUGGAUGGGGGCCAUCACCCGGCCCAACCUCCAGCACCACCCCUGCCACCAGCCCACAGCCACAGGCGACCGCGGCAGAAGGGCAGGGAGGGCCACUCACCACUCAAGGGCAUGCACAGCCAGCCUGCAGUGGUGGAGCAUGAGGCAGUGCGGGAUCUGCCACCCGCGCUGGGCACUGAGGGCUACGCGAUGGCCAUGGUCCAGCGGCAUGAGCAUCACCACCACCACGAACACCACCACCACCACCACCACCACCACUUCCACCCGUCCUAGCGCCCACACCUGGCAGGGGCACCACACACCCAGGCCACACUCCCUCAGUGGGCGUGGAACAGGGGUCUCUGCCUAGUAGGAGGCGUGCCCCAACCCAACACCCAGCUCAGGCGCCAGGGGUCAGGGCAGGGACGGCGCCAGGACGGACCCAUGAGCGAGGAUCCUCCACAUCCUCCAUGCUGCAUAGCCAGAGCACUCGGCGCCUCAGUGACAGUGCCCAGGAGGAAGCUCACGCAUGUGGAAACCCUCUCUGUACCUCCAUGUGGUCCGCAGAGCCCAGGGUGUGGUGGGAAGUCCACUCUCACUUCCCCUCGAGGGCUGCGGCCUCCCCAUGGCACUGGGUGUGGGUAGAGAGCUGAGGCCUCCCGUGUUUAUGCUUUAUGAAGGUGUGGGCAGGGCGGCUUCCCAUGUGCCCCAUCUCCCAGGUCCCCAUGUGCACGACUCCGAGCACAGAUGCAGCAUCAGGGUGGUAGCUGCAGAACUGGCAUGCAGGUGGGGAGGCCGCAGGCCCCUAGUACCUCUGCACCUGGGGGCACGGGCUAGGGACAUGGUACGCAGGUUGUGGUCAGUUAACAGACACUGGGAGGGUGAUGUUUGUGCUUGGUUCAUCUAGGCAAAGGGGCUGGACUCGGGCCAUUCGUGUGUGGCCGCAGGGCCCUCCCAGGUGUGCCCUUCCAUGAGGGCUGGCAGUGCAGGGGCCCAGGAGUGCACAGCCCAGGGGGUUCUACAGAGGCGGGAAGCGGGAGGUGGAGCACGGGCUGGCGACUUUGCCUUUUGCAGCCUUUAAAACCGAUGAGCAAACCAAUGGCCAUGUGGGCAUUGAGGUGUUUCUGCAGGCAUAAUAAAGAUGCUGCAUUUGGUAGCCUGC